GCUUCCAAGAAUUAGAGAGUCUUCAAUGUAUGGAUGAACCAGAAGCAUUGCCGCCGCAGAGACUUAAGCGCAAUCAUAGGAGGCUGACGCUCAUUAGGAUUAAACAAACAGCAGUAAGUGAUCUUUUGGAGUUCACUUAAACAACCAAGACAAUUACUGUCUUUUCUUGUCCCAUGGUUGAUUUUGGCCCCGAGUCAACGAUGUGAGUGAUAACAGGUAUGCUUUGUGCCGUUGUCUUCGCAAGAUCUUCAUGCUGUCUGUCUUGCACAAUGCUGAAUUCAGCACUCUACAUCUCAAGCAACCAGUUUCUGAAAAUGCAGACAGCCGCCUCUUUUUGGACAGGAAUGAUGAAAACUUCAUUGGAGUCUGUGUGAUUGACAGCACGGCUUUGCAGAGUGGCCGAGAAAUGUAUCUGCUGCUUUGA